UGGUUCUCUACGUGAAAAAUAACGUCGUCAGCUAAUUUUUACUAGUUAAUAGUAGUGAAUCUAAACUAGUUAAUCUUUUUACUGUGUAGAAGUUCAAUUAAUAACUUCAUAUUUCACACAGUGACUGAAACUGCUGGAGGAAAAGUGAAGGUCGAUUAUAAAGAGAAGACUCAGCUGUGCAGCUCUGCCUGGACCCAGGUCCUGGAAGGUCCUGGAAGGUCCUGGAUCAGGUCAGCUGGUUCUUCACUCAUGGAUGAGUCGGCGUUGGAGCGUUACUUUGAUGACUCCAUUGCAAAUGACUCCAGCUUCAUGUUGGGGGAGGAGCUGGGCCUCCAGAGCCCCACCUCCUCCCUGCAGGACUCCUCUUACCUGUCGAUGAAGGCGGGUCCGAGCGGAGAUCUGGGGGCGGAGCUGGACCUGAGUUUUCUACCUGAUGACCUCAGCACACAGGAUGACACAGCUGAAGCAGCACAGACUCAGGCCUCAGUUCUGGACGAGUCUCAGGACAGCGGCGUCUGUCUCGACUACAACUCCCAGGAUUCCACAGCAGCUGACCCCCAGCAGGGGAUGUCUUCAUUGGGACCGGGAACUGGCACCUCCCCCUUCUGUCCCAUGACCCCUAUGACCCCCAUGACCCCCAUGACCCCUGUGACAGAGAGGUCAGGAAUCAUCCCACAGUUACAGAACAUAGUCUCCACAGUGAACCUGGGUUGUCCUCUGGACCUGAAGUUCAUCGCUCUGCAGGCGAGAAACGCAGAAUACAACCCCAAGCGUUUUGCUGCCGUCAUCAUGAGGAUCCGUGAACCUCGAACCACAGCUCUGAUCUUCAGCUCAGGGAAGAUGGUCUGUACCGGAGCCAAGAGUGAGGAGCAGUCGCGGCUUGCAGCCAGGAAGUACGCCCGCGUGGUGCAGAAACUUGGUUUCCCUGCUCGCUUCCUGGACUUUAAGAUCCAGAACAUGGUGGCCAGCUGUGACGUCUGUUUCCCCAUCAGACUAGAGGGACUGGUCCUGACCCACCAGCAGUUCAGCAGUUAUGAACCUGAGCUGUUUCCAGGUCUCAUCUACAGGAUGGUGAAACCUCGGAUUGUCCUGCUCAUCUUUGUGUCUGGGAAAGUUGUUCUGACCGGAGCUAAAGAACGAGCUGAGAUCUAUGAAGCGUUCGAGAACAUUUAUCCGAUCCUGAGAGGCUUCAGGAAACAGUGAGGACAGCACUUCAGUUCAUCUGUAAAUAGACUGAAAACUGGAUUUUAUUUUGUGUUACUCAUCAGAGAUGUGGAUAGAACAAGAGUCACCUGUUUGAAUGUUUUCCCAGCCUGAAAGAAAAUAAAGAGAUGUCAGGUUUCCAAAUGACUGCAGAGAAAACUUCAUGUUUCCUGUUGAUUAACAUCAGAACUGAACAACAAACAGUGA